UUUAUCACCAAACAGAUGGAGAGGUCGCUGGAGCUGGCCAACUCGACCCGGGUUCAGUACUUCAUCCUCCUGGGCUUGUCCACCCGGCCAGGGGUCAGGGCCGCCCUGUUCUUCGUCUUCCUUGCCCUCUACCUGCUGACACUCCUGGAGAAUGCGCUCAUCGUCUACCUGGUGAGCGCCCACAGCGAGCUGCGCAAGCCCAUGUACUUCUUCCUGGCCAACCUCAGCUGUCUGGAGAUGAGCUACGUGUCAGUCACCAUGCCCACUCUGCUGCUGGGGCUGUGGGCCGGGCCUUACCGCAUCCCCUUUGCCACCUGCAUGACCCAGCUCUUCCUCUUCAUCACCUUCAUAUCCACCAAGUGCUCGCUCCUGGCCUCCAUGGCCUAUGACCGCUACGUGGCCAUCUGCCGCCCCCUGCACUACCCCCUGCGCAUGCGGCCCCAGGUCUGCGUGGCCCUGGCCUGGGUCUCAUGGCUGGGGGCGCUGGUGGUCUCAGUGGCCAAGACCACGUGCAUCGCCAGCCUGUCCUACUGUGGCCCCAAUGUCAUCAACCAUUUCUUCUGUGACGUCUCCCCACUGCUCAACCUCUCCUGCACCCACGUGGCCCUCACAGAGCUGGUGGACUUCAUCUCCUCCUUUGUCAUCCUCUGGGGGUCCCUUCUUGUGGCCGUGGCCUCCUACGUGGCCAUUGGCAGGGCUGUGCUGCACAUGCCGUCGGCCACUGCCUGGCGCAAGGCCUUCUCCACCUGUGCCUCGCACCUUACCGUCCUGAGUGCCUUCUACUCUGUGGUGCUCCUCGUGUACUCGAGUCCCGGCCCCACGGAGGCCUCAGACCACACCAAGGUGCUGUCCGUCCUCUACUCGGUGAUCACACCUGCGUGCAGCCCUGUGGUUUACGGCCUGCGGAGCCGGGAGGUCCGUGCUGUGCUACGGGGAGCCCAUGCACCCUGA